AUGUCCGAUUCUGUUAAGGCUCUCUUGACACCCCAACAGAUCAGUGAGCUCAAGGGCGCUUUUGAUAUAUUCGAUGAGGGCCGAAGUGGGACGAUCGACUCCGAAGACUUCCAAACGUUACUCAAAAUGUUCGGCCUGCGUUUGACCGAACAAGAGAUAUCACAAUUAUUACAAGAGAUUGAUCAGGACGAAUCUGGGCGGAUCGAAUUCGACAAGUUACUCAGUGUGUUGGCCACCAACAUGCAAGAAACAACCAUUGAAGAGCAGAUGACUGAAGCCUAUGGGUUGCUCGAUCGUGACGGCAAAGGUUACAUCAACAGUGAUGACCUCAGGAGAGUUAUGGGACAAUUGGGCGAGGCUGGGGUGACUCUCACAGAUGCCACUGCUCUCAUGAGGAAUGCUCUUGAUGGUCGAGAUAAGGUCACUAGGCGUGAGUUCAUGAUUAUGCUGAAAAUGCAUGGUGAAUCACCAACUUGA